AUGUGGGUUUCAAGCUCAGUUCUUAACCUGAAGUCUUCUGGAUUGAAUCAUUUGCUUACAAGAACUAAGGCUUUUAGAAAUCUCUGGUCUAGGAACUUCUUUCUUCCUUCGUUGUCUGAUUACUCCAGAUUUCAGAGUGAUUCUGGUAAUUUUGGAUCAAGAAAUUAUGUUUCAAAUUCAAGUAUUUGUUCCAGUUUGCCUUUUGGUGAAGACAUUAAUAUCAUUCUUAAGAAUGUGAAAGUCUCAAGUAAUUGUGUUGAAACUAUUAGAGAUGUGCUUGUGAAGCACAAUUGGAUACAUAGAUUUGAGAGUGGGUUUAGUAUUGAGCUUGAUCAAGACAAAGUUAUCAGAAUUUUGGAUGAUUUGUUUAAAGAGACUUCGGAUGCAUCUAUUGCUCUAUACUUCUUUAGAUGGUCAGAGUUGUGGAUCGGUGCUGAGCAUUCAAGUAGGUCUAUUAGCCGAAUGAUUCAUAUUUUGGUAUCUGGAAACAUGAAUUAUAGAGCUGUAGAUAUGGUUUUACAUCUCGUGAAGAAAUACGGUGGAGAAGAGAGAUCUUUGUGUUUAGUUAUGAAUGAGAUUUUCAAAACUCGUAUUGAUCGUCGGGUUUUAGAGACCGUGCUUUCCAUCCUGAUUGAUUGCUGCAUUAAAGAGAGAAAAGUAGAGAUGGCCUUGAAACUAACUUACAAAAUGGAUCAGUUUGGCAUUUUUCCUUCACGAGGGGUUUGUAUUUCGUUGCUUAAGGAAAUUCUACGAAUUCACGGCUUGGAGUUAGCUCGGGAAUUUGUUGAACACAUGAUUAGUCGAGGGAGGCAUCUAAAUGCUGCUGUGCUUACCCUAUUCAUUAGCAGAUACUGCUCUGAUGGUUGUUUUCAUAAAGGUUGGGAAUUGCUUAUGGUGAUGAAACACUAUGGAAUUAGGCCCGAUAUUGUGGCGUUUACAGUUUUCAUUCAUAGACUAUGUAAGGCAGGCUUUCUAAAAGAAGCGAGUUCGGUAUUGUCUAAUCUCAAACUCUUUGGUCUCUCUCAGGACUCUGUAUCCAUCAGUUCGGUUAUUGAUGGGUUCUGUAAGAUAGGAAAACCAGAGGAAGCCAUUAAGCUCAUUCAUUCUUUUCGUCUUAGACCAAACAUUUUUGUGUACAGUAGCUUUCUGUCAAAUAUAUGUAGCACGGGAGACAUGCUUAAAGCUUCUACCGUAUUUCAGGAGAUAUUUGAGUUGGGACUUCUUCCUGAUUGUGUCUGUUAUACUACCAUGAUCGGUGGGUAUUGUGAAUUAGGAAACAUAGAUAAAGCUUUCCAAUAUUUUGGAGCAUUGUUGAAAAGCGGAAACCCGCCAUCCUUAACAACAUAUACACUGCUUAUUGGUGCUUGCAGCAAGUUUGGAAAUGUAUGCGAUGCAGAAUCUUUGUUUCAGAAUAUGAAAAACGAGGGUUUGGUGCCCGAUGUUGUAACAUAUAACAAUCUAAUGCAUGGGUAUGGGAAGACAUAUCAGCUGAAUAAAGUUUUUGAGCUUAUGGAUGGAAUGAGAUCUUCAGGUAUCUCUCCAGAUGUUGCAACCUACAAUAUCUUGAUACAUAGCAUGGUCGUUAGAGGAUACGUCGAUGAAGCAAACGGUAUUAUCAAUGAGCUAAUCCGACGGGGAUUUGUUCCUAGUGCAUUAGCAUUCACUGAUGUGAUUGGUGGGUUCUCGAAGAAGGGGGAUUUUCAGGAAGCGUUUCUUUUGUGGUUCUACAUGGCUGAUCUUAGAGUGAAACCUGAUGUUGUAACGUGCAGCGCAUUACUACAUGGCUAUUGCAGAGCACAGAGAAUGAACGAAGCUAUUGUUUUGUUUAAUAAGUUGCUCGAUGCCGGGUUAAAACCAGAUGUGAUUUUGUAUAAUACUCUCAUCCACGGAUAUUGCGGUAUAGGGGAAAUCGAGAAAGCAUGUGAGUUGAUUGGUAUGAUGGUUCAGAGAGGAAUGCUUCCAAAUGAUAGUACUCAUCUGGCACUUGUUGUAGGGCUUGAAGGUAAGAGGUUUAUAAACUCAGAGAAGCAUGCAUCCAUGUUGCUUAACGAAAUUCUUGUUGCAAAUGGUACUGACUAA